CUUUUUAUUUUCUGCGUAAACGUCAUCCUUUUUUUUUCUCCAUGGCUACCCCCAUCCAAGGUCUGGCGCUGCAUGCUGUCGUGGACAUUCUCACCUUUCACACGCCUCUUACUUGGUCUUCCUCCGUCCAUCUGCUCUCUUAGAAAUACCUCAAAAGUGCGCGACUUGAGCAGUUGCUCCAGCUAGUAAUUCUGGUUUUGAUUUCCUCAACAAAGGUAUGGUUUCUCUUCCCAGCCCUGGUUGAUCUUAAAUGUUUGUGCUUGUUCCUUGCUGGUUCGAGCGAGUUAUUGUCUUGAUCGUUGAGAUGUCAGCCUUUGAUCCGUGGUGCAGCGACUUUCGCUCGGCAGGUUGACUCUCUCUGCUCUCUACUCCGGCCUCCGGGUCUAGAAGCCGCGGAUCCUAGACGGGAAGACCUCAAAAACUGAGUGAGCCAGCCAACAACAGCAGUUUAUCUCUUCGCAAUCCAAUACAGGUGUUGCGGGCAAAUUGCUCGGUCAUGGAGACCGCGCUGGUGGUGAGCGCCUCCCAGGGCGCCGUGCGGAUCCUCUUGGGGAAGCUUGGAAACAUCCUUGCCACCAAGUACGCGCUCCUCAGCGGCGUACGUGAGGAGAUCCAGGAGCUCAAGGACGAACUGGAGAGCAUGACCGGCUGCCUCCGCGACCUGGCUGAUCGCGACGACCACAGCCAGCAGACGAGGAUCUGGAUGAAACAAGUGAGGGAGGUGGCGUUCGACGCGGAGGACUGCAUCGACAAAUUCUGCCGUCAUCUCGGCCAGCAUCCCGGAGAUGAUCCAGGACUAGCGAGCUACCUUGGCAGGAUAAUCAGCCUCCUGCGAACGAUGGGGUUGCGGGCUAAGCUGGCCGCCGAGAUCACGGGGCUUCAGUCUCGCGCCAAGGGCGUGAGCGACCGGCGGGUCAGGUACAGGCUAGAAGAUGCGGCAGGAGCUGGUCCUCGCAGCUCGAGCAAAUCGCUCCACUCCUCCGGCUACAAUCUGCGCCGCUUGCUUCCAUCUGAGCUCGGCGGCGGGUCAGGCCUCGUCGGGCUGGACGGCAGGACAAAUGAGGUGGUCGGCCUGCUGAAAUGCGGCGAGGCACCUCGCCGGGUGGUGUCCAUCGUCGGAUUCGGUGGCCUCGGCAAGACCACCCUCGCCACCGCCGUCUACAACAGCCCGGAGCUGUGCGACAUCCAGUGCCGCGCUUUCGUCGCUGUAUCCCAGACCUACGAUCUGCGGUCCCUUCUGGAAUCCCUGCUGAAGCAGCUUGUGGUUGUACCGGCGGGAACCUCUGACGAUAACCAUCCCCUCCGAGGAAUCAAAACCUGGGGCAUAACUGAAUUCCCCGAUAAGUACACAAAACACUUGACGGAUAAGAGGUACUUAAUCGUUCUUGAUGAUGUGUGGACGCCAGCAGCAUGGAAGUAUCUGAAUGAGUAUUUUCCCAAGAAUGAAAAACAAAGCAGAAUCAUAGUUACUACACGCACUCACGAUGUUGCAAGAAACUGCUCCACCCAUGACCAAAUCUAUGAGAUGAAGCACUUGGAGCCGGAAGAUUCAGAGAAGCUAUUCUUCAGGAUAGUGUUUGAGUCCGACGAAUGUCCGGACAGACUGCAGGAAGUCUCCACAGCUAUAUUAAAAAAGUGCAAUGGUUUGCCUCUAGUCAUAGUAAGCAUAGGUCGUAUGCUUGCUCAGAGGGAAAACAAGAUACCCGCAGAUUGGCAAAAGGUAUGUCGUAGGCUGGGUCCUGAACUAGAGACAAACCCCACUUUAGAGGCAAUGGGCCGGAUACUUACCCUUAGCUACAAUGACCUGCCCUACAAUUUGAAAGCAUGCUUCUUGUACCUGUGUGCUUUCCCCGAGGAUUAUGAGAUCAAAAGAGGGCCUCUGAUUAGGCGCUGGGCAGCCGAAGGCUUCAUCGCUGCCAUGCGUGGGCUGAGUUUGGAAGAGAUUGGUCAGAAUUAUUUCGACGAGUUCAUCAGUAGAAGCCUGGUCACCCCUGGAGUGAUUUCAGACACCGGCAAGGUCAAGAGCUGCAAGAUUCAUGACAUAAUGAUGGAAGUUAUAACCUCCAAAUCAGUCCAAGAAAACUUCAUGUCGUUCCUAGGGAGUUCGGAAGACAACAUUACAGCUGGCCAUGACAAGAUCCGGCGGCUCUCCAUCCAUCCCGGUGGCACCAUGGAGAAUAAAGGCUUCACCAGUCAAUACUUGACCCAUACCCGUUCUUUGACAAUUAUUGGCAGCACUCAAAAACCAGCAGCCAUCACUUUUUCAGGCUUUACUCUUUUAAGGGUUCUAGACCUCGAAGGAUGUCUAUGGUUAAGCAAUCAAGAUUUGAAGGACAUUUGCAAACUGUCUUUGCUGAGCUACCUGAGUCUUAGAAGCACAUCCAUAUCCGAAGUUCCAAAUGCAGUAGGGAAACUGAAAGAAUUGGUGACAUUGGAUGUAAGGGGAACAUCUGUGGCUGAAUUUCCCAGAGGCAUCACUAAGCUCCAAAAUCUGAAGCACCUAAUGACAGGCAGUUAUCAGUACUAUACAAGGUCACGAAGUGUUAAGCAUCUGUUAACUGGAGUGAAGCUACCUCGCGGAUUACAGAAUAUGUGUGCCCUGCAGAGGAUUUCUACCAUAGAUAUCAACAAAAGCUUCCGUUCAAUGGAUGAGCUGGGGGACUUGUCUCAGUUAACCAGGCUUUACGUGGUCAGCCAUGAGGCAGUGGAGGAUACAAGCAGGUGGGAGACCUUCGUCAAGUCCUUGAAUAAGCUAAGCAGCUCCCUUCGAUACCUAUCGAUUCAGCGAUUAAAACUAGCAUGUCAGCCCACAAAUGAUUAUAUAUCCCCACCUCUCUUUCUUCACAGCCUACACUUGUGCGGACGAGUAAGUUUGCCGCCAAACUGGUUUUCAUCGCUCAGUGACUUGGCCAGUGUGUCAAUUCGAGAGACUUACUUUGGCGCUGAGUUGAUAGAGGUCCUAGGGAAGCUUCCCGGUCUUCUUUCAUUCAAGAUAUAUGCAUCGGGAAUAGAAUCCACAGAAACUCGAUUGUGCUUUGAACCGGAUCGAUUUCCACAGCUGAAGCAACUGGUCCUCGAUAAUCCGUCAAAUUUCUCCGAGGAGAUCAGCUUUUGCGGGGGCGCAACUAAUCUUGAGAGGCUCACAUUGUCAAUAGUGAAGGUUCCCAGCAGAGGCAUUUCAGGCAUUAAUGACCUUCUGAAACUAAGAGAGGUUGAGUUCUUCGGCUCAAUUGUUCAAUCUCUGGUGAACACAGUAAUGGCUGUGGCCAGGGAACACCAAAAUCAUCCUAGAGUCACCUUAGAAGGUCAACCUACGGAAGAUCAAUCUACGAUAGCCCAACCCAUGGAAGAUCAACUACGGCCGGAAGCUGCCUAAGCAUCUUGCUGGCAGCUGUAGGCAUGAACCCUGGAGGCUGGAGGCGCUGCAAGAACCAAUAGUUGAUGACGGGUGUGCUGGAACUUGGGGUCUACACUCUCCCUCGAGCCGAUGCGUGUGCAUAGAUUAGUUUUUGUGAGUUCGUUCCACGCCCCGGUGGCGCCUACAUGCUCUGUUCUGUUUAUUUCACUCCUAACAAUAUUAGCUCUCUUCUUUUUCUCCUUGAUGGAAUGUUAUCCACGGCUUGUGAGGGAACCUCUUUGUUUUAGACUUUCGAGUGAUUAUUUGGAACCUCUAUCUUUUGGCUACUGUGGAACAUGGUAAUUUUAGAGCUUAAAGACUGUACGACCUUACCUUCUCCCGGUGGAAUUUUAUUUAUCAUUUGUUAUUAUGCCUCGGAAAGUUCCAGUUAACUAUAUCGUGGACCGUAGAGUUAUUGAUUCUCAAGGUAAGUGGGAUUCAGUCAGAAAUACGAUGGAUGGGUGAAGCUAUCAUGUUGAUUACGUUCAGUAAAGAGACCGACUGCCUGUCCUAUGGGACGGUAAUCCGCUAGUUCAGUAAACAGAUCAAGUUGCGAUUUACCUUUUUUUU